GGCAAAAUAAAUGACCGCGGGGCUAAUCGUUGCUUGAAGCUGCUGACACAUAAGUAGCAACAUGAAGCCAAACCCUUCACUUCACCGUUCAAAGCUGCAGUCCAUUUAGACACUUUUUUAGCGAUAUUGCUGUUUCUGUGACGAAGCAGCAGCUGUUUAGACAAACAAAAAGAAAAGAAGAAUUCUAGAGAAACCAUACAGAACGAGAUCAACGAUGCUUUGGCCCAUAUUGUUCACUCUACAAGCUGUCUGCACCAGCGUGGCACAUACCAUGCAACAUUACCCAGCAGCCUGGGGGCACUAUGACGUUUGUAAGUCCCAGAUCUAUACGGAGGAGGGCCUGGCAUGGGACUACAUGGCCUGUCAGCCGGAAGCCACUGACAUGACAAAGUACCUGCGAGUGGCCCUCGACCCCCCAAAUAUCACGUGUGGAGAUCCGCCAGAAACAUACUGCGCUUUGGAAAAUCCCUACAUGUGCAACAAUGAAUGUGACGCCACCACUGAGGAGCUGGCUCAUCCUCCUGAGUUGAUGUUUGACUUUGAGGGUCGCAACCCCACGACUUUUUGGCAGUCCACCUCAUGGAAGAAAUAUCCAAAGCCCCUGCAGGUCAACAUCACACUGUCAUGGAACAAGACCAUUGAGCUGACUGAUGACAUCGUCCUGACCUUUGAGUCUGGCCGACCCGAGCAGAUGGUGCUGGAAAAGUCGCUCGACUAUGGCCGUACCUGGACCCCAUACCAGUUCUAUGCCACUGACUGCCUUGACGCUUUUACUAUGGAACCCAAAACAGUGAGCGAUCUUACCCAGCGCACCCUGCUGGACAUCAUCUGCACUGAGGACUACUCCAGAGGCUACGUGUGGAAGAACGACAAGACCGUACGUUUUGAGAUAAAGGACCGGUUUGCCCUCUUUGCCGGGCCGCGUCUACACAACAUGGCCUCUCUGUACGGCCAACUGGAUACCACCAAGAAUCUGAGGGACUUCUUUACCAUCACUGACCUGAGGAUAAAGUUGCUGAAGCCAGCCACAGGAGCCACCAUGGUGGACGAGAACAACCUGUCCAGAUAUUUCUACGCAAUCUCUGACAUCAAAGUGCAGGGCAGAUGCAAGUGCAACCUGCAUGCCAACAGCUGUGUGUUUGACAAGGGGAAGCUGGGCUGCGAGUGCGAACACAACACCACGGGGCCAGACUGUAGCCGCUGUAAGCGGCACUACCACGGAAGAGCCUGGAGUGUGGGCUCCUACCUCCCGAUACCCAAAGGAACUGCAAAUAUAUGUAUUCCCAGCAAUCAUGGACCAGUGCAUCGAGCAAAUGCCUCAUCUCUUGGUGUUGCAAAUCGUAACCAAGCUCGUGUGUGUGACAACGCGAUGCUGCGCUGUCAGAACGGCGGCACGUGCCACCAUCAUCAGCGGUGCCACUGCUCCCCUGGCUUCACGGGCAUCCUGUGCGAGCGAGCUCGCUGCCAGGGCCCAGGGGAGUGUGAUGACCAAUUGUCUGGACGGGCCACUUUCCAUCAUCCACUGAUCACCUGCCACCUCGCUCUUGCCCUCAUAGUGCUCCCACUGCUGACUGCUCCCCUUUGCUGAGAAACUGGACAGGCCUCCCAUCCUCAACUAAACCCAAGGACUACAUAGGAUGAGACUUAACUCUCAACCUUGAGGACAUGAAGGGAAAAAAAGGACAUGUGAACAAUAAGCUCGGUUGGCAUAAGCAACUCUCUUGUGUAUCCACGUCUUACUCGUAAGGAGGUUAUAAGGAGAGAUAGAAGGAUUUCUGAUGAAGUCACUGCUGUCUUUAACAGGUGGAGUGAUGACUGAAGACUACCCUCUGAGAACAAACUGUACAAAUCCAAACAUGUGAUUUUGAAGCAUUAAAAAAUAACAAAGUGGACGGGACAUCUUAAAACAUCUUGCCUUGCUGCCUCCUUCCUUACUCGUUACCUUCUUCUCUCCUUUCUGUCACUCUUCCCUUUCCUCUCUCACUUCCUGUGCUUUGGUGAC